UUUAAAAAGGGAACUUCAAGCUUUAGCAAGAAAGAACACAAUUUGCCCAGUAGAGUACGUCGGGGCAGAAAAUCAUUGUCUCCCCUCUUUCGGACAUGGUUGUACGAUACUUUAUACACCUGUUUGGUGUUUUUGUACCUUUUCUUCUCAUCCUGUUCCAAGUGUCAUCCUGCAACAUCAAAGUCACCGGUUACAUUGGACAAGAUGUUACCUUGCCCUGCAUUUAUGAUGCCAAAGCUCAUGGAGUUCUAAGUUUCUGCUGGGGACGCGAGAAGGUCCCCACAUCCAAAUGUUCUGAAACAAUCCUGUCAUCGGAAUCUGGAGAUGUGACUUUUAGAAAGUCCCUCAGGUACCAACUGCUGAGUCGGGUGAAGCAGGGUAAUGUUUCCUUGACCAUUCUCAGUGCUCAGAGAGAAGAUGCUGGUGACUAUGGCUGCAGGGUGGAAAUUCCUGGAUGGUUCAAUGACCAAAAGACCAACAUACAACUGAUCAUGGAAGAAGCCCCUGUGGAACAAGUUCACAUCAAAAACCCAACAGAGACUGCCAGUGUGACAGUAAGGGAAGAAAUUAUGAUUCUGCAUGAGAUGGAAGCUAAAGAAGCAAGCAUGGCAACAAUUCAAAGCGUCAUUGGUCAGGGGAAAUUCAAACUUUUCUUAGAAGCAGAAAAUAUUGGGAGGAUUGCAGCUAUUUUCCUCCUCACCAUAAUCCUAAUUCUCAUCCUUAUCAUCCGAAGGAAGGAACUAAUACGAAGAAAGACCCCUCAGGAACUCAACCAGUUCACCAUUGAGAAUAUUUACGAAACCAUCCCAGUGGUUAAAUGAUGCUCAGCACCUGGACAAAAGAGGAUACCAAAGAUUUCUUCUGGCUUCACAUCAUGUUAUAAAUAACUCCCUUUUGUUUUGCUCCUUUAAAUCAUGUCUUUGAACAUUUCUCUUAUAAUCACACUAACGAAUUAUUGUAUUACCAAAGCUUUUUAGAUGUUAAUGAUAAACCUUGGUCCAUUUAAUUAACUGAGCUGCUCAAAUUUAUUUUCUUUCUGUCACUAAACGAUUGUGAUGGUUUAUAGUUGUGGGCACAGUGCCACCUACUGGACAGAUUAAGUAUAAUCAAAAAUAAUGAAGCUGAUAUAUUGUUCUAUUUCUUUUUUUUAUAUAUCAGCUGAGUGGAUGCUGAAAUUCAAAGCCUAGAUAAGUCAUUUUUUUCUUAAAAUAAGUGCAUUUGUUCUUGGAUUGAGGAGGUAAAAGAGACAUUUUGCCAAUGGAACAAAACAAUUUACAUUUAAAAUAAGAAAACAUAAUCACA